AUGACCAAGAACAGGAACAAGAAGAAGAGAGACGACGCCGUUUCCAUGGACGUUUCCGAUACUAAGACCGUCUCCGAAGCUGCUCCUCAAGCCAUGGACACUACAGAGACCGGAGACGCGAAACUAGCUGCUCGUGCUCGUAACCUGAAAGGAAAACCGAUGAAGAGAACAAAGAAUGCAAGGAAAAUGAAAGCUGUGGCUAAAGCGAUAGCGUUGAACGACAAGUCUACAGAGAAAGCUUCAAAAAACAUAAAGAAAACUCUCAGAAUUCUUUCGGCCAAGAAAUUGUACGAGUGA